CAUGUUUUCCUCAGAAGUAGCUGAAACAGGAGCUGAAGUUUUGUCAGAGGUGAGGAAACUAACAACAGUACUGAGCAAGAAGAAGGCAGAAUCAAGGGUCUUGUCACAGAAGAAGUCUUAUGCCCUACAAAAAAUGAAGAAAGCAGCAGGUGAAGACUACAGGACCUCAAGACUGAACUUUGUCAUAAGUCUUCUUACUGCCAACUUAGUUGAAAUCCAAGAAUCCCAGGUGACGAAUGAUGACUUGAGAGAUGACCUCAUGAUGAUCUGUGCCACCUUUGCAGGAGAACUUGACAUGUGGUGUGAAAUGAAUAACUCAGUGACUUGAUGCAGUUGGGAAAUUACUACCCGUUGUUUGACAUAGAUGUCUUACUCAACAGCCAUUCAGAUGAUUCAGCCCAGCUUGCUGCAUUUAUCAUCAGUAAAGGGCUUAACUGUAUCAAGCAAAGAAGCUCCUUGUGGUUUGAAGCAAGAAAGACUGUGUAUGUUACAGGCAGUACACUCUUUGCUUCAACUGGUACAGAGAGCUUGAAGGCACAGCAGCAACAUUUUGAUGAGGCAGUGAGAGGCAAGGAUAAACCAGAAGUCAGUGAAGAAACUCAACGUGCCAUGGACUGGGGAGUUGAAAAUGAAAUCAAUGCUGUUGCCACUCUGUGCUCCAAGUUCUUACCAGCAUUUUUGCCCCACUGUGUAUUCUAUGAGGUGGGUAGUUUCAAGGUAGAUUUAGGAAGCACUACUUUGCUUGUGUCACCAGAUGGCAUGAUAUAUGACACUGAGGCUGGGACAAUUCUGGCUGUUGUCGAAAUCAAGUGCCCUUACUCUGGGAAAAUACAUGACACCAUACCAACAAGAUACUACCUUCAAGUGCAAGCUGAGAUGGCAGCAUUGGGGGUACAAACUUGCUUCUUUGUUUCCUACACAACUUCAAGCACCACUGUAUUUGAAGUGUCAGAAGAUCAGGAUGUGUGGAAUCUAGCAAGUGAGGAACUAAACAUGACAUAUGGAGAUAGUCCACAGCGACCAAGCCGUUCAUCUGAGUAUUCAAAGAAACUCAGAACCAAGAUUAAAGAAAACAAGACUUCACACAUCAAACUCAUCACUGAAGUGAAAUCGGUGAAAGCAUCACCAGGCUCACCAUCAGAUGACACGGUACUCACUAUUGAUGUUGACAAUAUGACCACUCACAUCCCACCCCACAGAAGUCUUGAACAGCAGUCUGACUAUGUAGUGACUGUGGCAGAUGUAAAGAAGCUUAGAGGUAUUCUUGACAAGGUACCAGCUCACUUGGAAAACCUAUAUGGACUAAGUAGAAGAAAGGCCUCUGAAGUUAUUGCCUUCCUGGCAUCAGACACUGAUCGACUCUGGGGAAAGGAUGCAGUCUGUGGUUCGGUGGUUAACUACUUCCUUAAAGGAUACUCCUUACCGGUCGAAGUCGUGAGAAAUAUCAUGGAGGAUACACUGAACAAGUGCAAAAGAGAAGGAAUGCAUGUUCCUGUCACUGUCUUUGAUGGACAAACCAUUCAAAUCCUUCAGCGAGGAGUGGAAGGCACACCCCAGACAAGAUUGCAGCUACAGAAGGAUGUCUGGGCAACUGCUGUUUCUAUGCAGAAAUCUGCCCUAGUGGAGACUAUAUCAGAAAUAGGCAAAGUGAAGAGUCUAGAAGAUAUGAGAUGUUAUUGGGUCCAAGAUGUUGCCAUUGACACAAGUGGACAGUGUAACAUGGAAAACCCCAGACUUGUUGCCAAGAAAGUUGAAGGUAGCACGUACCCUCAUACAUAUGUGCACUUGUUGAAAAGUACACAAAGCACACUUGUUUCAGUGGAAGAAACAGUUGACCAGCCAGUGAUGGACAGUUUGGAAGAUGACUUGUUAGUGGCUGUUCAGGACCAGAUAAAUGAUGGGAACCAUUCAGUGGAUCCUUUGAUUGUAGACAAUGUUAUCCAGGACAUAACAAACGUCUUUACUGCUGAAGAUAGAAAUCCAUGUCAAACUGACAUUGAAAUGGAGACUGACUGUAUACAAAGCCAACCAAACACACAAACUAUCCAGGACAGGAAUGAAGAAAGGGCUAGGUACACUUUAACCCCAGAAGAUAUAUGUAACCUGAAAGCAGCCCUUGCCAAUGUUGUACCCAGGUGGGCAACUGUAGAGGUGACAAGUGUGCAAAAUGCAUUCUGCAGUGCUGAAAAUCUAUGCAAACUGACAGUUGUAGAAUUGAAAGCAGCAAUAAAAUAUGUCAGAGAAAGGCUGGAAACCAGCAUACCACUGUCAGGCAACAAAGAACAGUUGGUCAGAAGACUGCAGGAAUAUGUCUCCAUUAAAGGUGUACCAAAGCUGCCAACAAGGUUGCGAUCGCCAAGUAGUCUUGCAAUUAUGUGCAAGAAAUUCCUGAAGGGCAAGGGAUACCCAAAAGCUGCUCUCAAUGCAUCUUAUGCUGACUUUGUAUUCCCUAGACGCCUUACUGAGUGGAAGGAGAAGUCUUUCGUAAAACACAACCUUGUCAUCCCAGGUCUUGGGCCCAUGGACUGGUUCUACAUUCCUGAGUACUCUAAAGCUAGAGACCAGCUUGAAGUCAGAAAGAUCGAUUAUACGCACACGUUGACUGCACACAGACGUGCAAUCUGCAAGAGGAACAUAGGGAUUGCAAAGAGAGAACAUUUCCUGAAAGUUGCAGAAAGUGGAAAGACAAACCUCAAAGUGAGCAUGAUAGAGGAUUCCCUGAAUAUGCAGAGUACAGACUUUGCACUUGUCACCUUCUCAGAAGCUGUACAAACAGAGAUGGAGAAGAUGGGGUUCCCUGACAGUGCUGCUGUGUGCAAGAUGGUUAGAGAGUGGUUUGAGGCGAACGAUGCCCCAGGGUUGGGUGCACUGGAGAGAUGCCGGCGGAAACUCAGGUACAAGGAAUACCUAAUGGGGCUGGCUAGUCUCAACACAUUUCCGCCACCAGGAAUGUUUGUGGCAGGCUACCCCAAAACACUCUGGGAAUCAACCAUAGCAGGUAUUGAUAGCGAUAUCUACCUGUACAGCCUCACCAGAAGAAGAACCUACAGCAGCAGAGCUGCAAGCAGCCAGCCGUGUGAAGGGCUAUUCUCCAGCUUGGCAGCAAUGCCAGGCUCCAGGAAUGGCUGCCCCACAGCGGCGCAGCUGGAGUCGGACAUGGCCAAGCUCACUGGGGAGGCUAUCGUUCGCCAAGACCCUGCCAGAGGAUUCUCCCUGAGACUAUCUAAGGCACCAGUGUACCCCCAGAUGGUCCUUGAGAAGGAUGUUGGCCCAUUGCCUGAACCUCAACCUCCCCCAACAUAUAUCAGGGCCAUAGCAGUGAAGGACCACCUGUUUGACAGUGAAAAGAGGAAGAGAAGGAAGCCCGCAGAGCCCAAGGGCAUCUCAGCGCUUCACUCUACUGCAAGGGGGGUUCAAGGUGUUAGACAAUAUCAUAAGGUCGAUGAAGGGAAGUUAAAUCCUUUGUCACGAAUGGGACUCUCUGCAUCAUUUGAAAUUAAUGUGUGAUUGUAUUUUUAUUGAUAAGUUGUCUAUUGAUCAUUGAUAGUCCUCCAUGAAUCACGUACAGGGUCCACUUGCUGUACUUUUCACAUAACAAGUGGAAAAUGUCUGUUUUAUUGGAAAGUUGUAUUUUUAUUGAUAAGUUGUCUAAUGAUGAUUGAUAUUCUUCCAUGAAUCACGUACAGGGUCCACUUGCUGUACUUUUCACAUAACAAGUGGAAAAUGUCUGUUUUAUUGGAAAGUUGUAUUUUUAUUGAUAAGUUGUCUAAUGAUGAUUGAUAUUCUUCCAUGAAUCACGUACAGGGUCCACUUGCUGUACUUUUCACAUAACAAGUGGAAAAUGUCUGUUUUAUUGGAAAGUUGUAUUUUUAUUGAUAAGUUGUCUAAUGAUGAUUGAUAUUCUUCCAUGAAUCACGUACAGGGUCCACUUGCUGUACUUUUCACAUAACAAGUGGAAAAUGUCAUUUUUUCUACUGUUGUAUUGUUACAUGUAUAUCAUUUUAGAUAUUUCUGUUGGAAAAGAUUAUUACACAGAUAUCCCCAGAUGCCUAAUGUGUCGGUUCAAACUGUUGUUAAACUGUUCAAACUGUUGUUAAUUUAACUUCCCUUCAUCGACCUGUUAAUUUUCGAAAAGUUGGAAAUAGUUAGAAAGUGCAAUUUUGAGGUAAUCAGUUGUCUCCUUAUCAUUUGAUUCCUCUUCAGCAUAGUCUGAAUUUCAAAUUGUUCCAUUUUGCAGAUAAUACACCAAAUGUAUAAUGCUAACAAAGAUCUUUUGAUGCAAUAGUGUUUAAUAGAUGAACACACCAACUGAAGUGUACACAGAAAUGUAAGUUGUAUGUCUAGUCUAAGUUAAUACACAAGUGCAGUUGAGCUCAGUCUCUGCUACAGUCUACAUCUAUUCCCGCAAUAGAUGACCAAUUUCAGGUAACACAAAAUUGUAUCAGAUAAAGUCUAUGAAACAUGUUUCUUGUGUCUUAAAUUUAUCUGAUUUGUGAAUUUAUUUUGUGCAACUGUUACUGUAAAAGGAAGCCAUUAACCAAUCCUCAAAGGAUGAUGUUGCAGCUCAUCAUAUUUUCCUCCUAAUAAAUGAUUGAUCAAUGGAUGCGCUUGAUUUCUAAUUUGGAUCAGUUCUUUCUUUUCAUAGCCUUCUCCAUGCACAUGCAGACAUGAUGGGACUACCCCUUCUCCCUGUGCAUACAUGUACAAUCAAUGUAUAAUUUUGAUUUAGAACCCAUUGAAAUCUUUCUAUAUUCAUCAUAGACAUUUGAAUGGCAAGCAUGCAGUCAAAACUAGGAUAAAUAUAUACUUUUCCACAACGUAGAAUAGAUAUUCAGGUUCUGAACUGAGUUUAGAGUAUCAUAUCAAAUAAAAUAUUCAUUUUCCAAUUGAAAGCAGUCAUAACCAAGACAUACAUUGUAACAACAUACAUAUAUAUAUAUAUAUAUCAAUUGAACAUUCUUAAAAUGAAAUGAGGUAAAAGUUGCAUGACAAAUAGAGCUAUCCAUUUUCCAAAUGCAAUCAGUCAAAACCAGGACAUAUUUGUCCACAUUACUGUUAACUGAUGUAUGGGCAACUUUAACUUUAACUUAACUGUUUACAGAAAUAUUUACGUUCAAAAAUGA